AUGGAUCAACGAUGUCCAACAGGUUAUGGGCCCAGGACGCGGUUGCUGUUUGACGGUGAUGAAUCGAAGUAUGAACUUUGGGAGGUGAAAUUCCUCGGGCAUAUGCGCCUACAAAAAUUGGAUGAAGUGAUUGCACCAGCCCAAGAUGGCGCCGAAGAACCAGAAGCGGGUAAAAAUAAGGAUGCGUAUGCCGAGCUUGUGCAGUGCCUCGAUGAUAAGAGUUUAUCGUUAGUUAUAAGGGAAGCACACAACGACGGACGAAAGGCUCUCAAAGUUUUACGCGAACAUUACGUUGGGCAAAGCAAACCUCGAGUUAUCGCUUUAUACAAUGAGCUGACGACACUGUUGAUGAAAGACAGCGAGGAUGUGACCGACUAUAUAAUCAGAGCCGAAAGUGCCGCUACGUCACUCAAGGCUGCAGGUGAGGUGAUCAGUGACAGUCUUUUAAUCGCCAUGAUGUUGAAGGGACUCCCCCCGCAAUUCAGAACAUUUGUUGCCGUCAUAACUCAGAGGGAGAAGCAGCAAACAUUUUCAAAUUUUAAAGUAGCGUUAAAGAGCUACGAGGAGACCGAUAAAUGCGGCCAGCAGCGGGAAAACGUACCCGUGCAAGAUGGUGUGAUGAAGGUCACGCAAAGCCAAAAUUUUUCAAACAGAGAGCGGGCACGCCAGUUUCCUUCACAGACGGGAACAAAAUGUUACCGAUGUGGCAAGAUGGGGCAUAAAAUAGCAGAUUGCUGGGCAAAGCCUAAGAAGUGGUGCGACGUCUGCAAAUCCACGACUCACGUGACAAAAGAGUGCAGACGAAAAGAUGCGGUCAAAAGCAGUAAUGACGAAAAUGAACACUCAUUUUGUUUUGCGCUCAGUCAUGAUAAUUUUUGUAACUCUGUAACUAAACAGCACAGCUUGUUGGUUGAUUGUGGGGCAACUACACACAUUGUAAAUGAUAAAGCAAAAUUUGUUGAGUUUUGA